GGGUCGGGUCUGUGUUUACUUCCGGACUCCGAUUUUAGACUUCGCUCAGAAAGCAGCAGCUCCAGUGGAGGUUCAGGCUGUCAGCUAGCACGGUAGCCAUACAAGGCUUCAUGACAGAGGUUACCGAGUUGACCAGCGGCAUCCCAACAGACGAGCCUCACUCGGCGCCACCGCACACUGGACACCGCGACUCCGGGCGGACCACACCGCUGCCCGCUCUCCUCCGCUCGCCUUCGUGCUCAAAGUCACUCAAUGCUGCACUCCCGCUGCCAGCUAACAUACUGAUCUGACUGUGUUACUGCCACUUCAUGAUCCGAGCCAGCUGAGGAUCAAAACAAGGACGAUCGCUCAAAGUUGAAGCGGCGUUUGUAUUUGACCGGCCAGGGAUCCAGCAGCUGGGAGAGACGCGGGCCCCGGGGGGAGAGCGACGGGACUCGGGGACCAGGCAGCCAGGGCAGCGAGGGUGGUGGCUGGAUAAACUAGGGGGUCGCCUCCAGCUCCUGGUGGAUUCAUCCCCUGCCGGCUAACGUUAGCUAAGCUAGCUACAAACAGCACCAUGGACUGGUUAAUGGGGAAGUCAAAGACGAAGCCAAAUGGAAAGAAGCCUCCCGCAGAAGAGAAGAAGCAGUACCUGGAGCUAGAGUACACAAAAAUCCGCGUUGUGGACUUUGACCUCAAGGAGCUGGUGGUGCUGCCCAGAGAGAUAGACCUCAACGAAUGGCUAGCCAGCAACACGACGACAUUCUUCAAUCUUAUCAACCUGCAGUACAGCACCAUCUCAGAGUUCUGCACUGGGGACACCUGUCAAGCCAUGACAGCCUGCAACACAAUAUACUACUGGUAUGACGAGAGGGGGAAGAAGACGAAGUGCACUGCUCCACAAUAUGUUGAUUUCGUAAUGAGUCUUUGUCAGAAACUGGUCACAGAUGAGGAAAUCUUUCCUACAAAAUACGGCAAAGAGUUCCCAAACUCUUUUGAGUCCUUGGUAAAGAAGAUCUGCCGGUACCUGUUCCACGUGCUGGCUCACCUCUACUGGGCGCACUUUAAAGAGACAGUGGCUCUGGACCUGCAGGGCCACUUGAACACUCUGUAUGCACAUUUCAUCGUUUUCGUAAGGGAAUUCAACCUGGUCGACCCCAAGGAGACCUGUAUCAUGGACGACCUGUCCGAAGUCCUUUGCACCCCUGUCCCGCCACCCGCGCCCACCCCAGCACCUUCCGCCCCAACCUCAGCGCCCUCCCCUUCUUCACAAAACCACGUGGACGGAGAGAUGAGCGGGGAGGUGGGUGGCGGCGAGACAGCAGCCCCGGGGGGUGGGGGAGGGGUGGGGGUAGGGAUGAUAGAAGAUAAAGAUAGAGAGAAGGAAAGACAGCCUGGCCCCCUUCCUCGGUGCCAGCAGGACUUACAGACCUUCCACGACCCUUAUAUUUCGCUGCGGCGCCAACCAACCAACCAGCGCCGGAAGGAAGGAAGGGGGUUUCCGGGGUGGGGAGGGUUUGGGGUGGCGGAGAGGGAUUUGUCACGCCAGCAGGAAUUGGCGUGA